AUAACUUCAUCAAGGAACUGCACGAGAUUUUCCGAGAACGUCGAAUCAUACUUCCUAUGAAAGAUUUUUUUCUUGCCUUUUGAAUGAGAUUACUAAGACGUAAGAGGCACGUGAGUCGCGUUGUCUCCGCUGUCACGCGUAAUGUACUCCUCGAUGUGAACUCCAAUGCACUUUCCGUGAUUAAUGUCUAUAAUCAGCUAAAAGUGGUUGCCGUAAAGGACGUUCAUCGCCUGGGAAUUUUGUGCCAGCUGCAGUAGCAGUAUACAUCUGGAAGUUGCAUAAUGGCAAACGGAAAACAAUUGUCGUUUUUGAUGCUUUGUGUGGUACUUGUGAGUGUUGCUGUAGUUAUGGGGUACAGUGUCCCUUGGGGUGUAGCCAUUUUAACCAUGGCCAUCUGCUGGUUUUGGUAUAAACGCAGCCAUGUUGCACGUAUUACCAAUGUUGAGUUUUACAAACUUCACGUUGUGCCGCAGUAUACCAAAGAUGCGUCGUCUCUCGUGACGUCAGAGUGGUCAGUACCUGUGACCGCGGAGGGUAUUGAGGAACCCAACUAUGUGCGUACAUCCAGUAUGAUCGAGUCACGUGAUGCCUUCCCCUGUCAUUUGGUUGCUUUGGGGACGUUCGAUGGAGUGAAGCAAGUUAUCGCUCAUUGUGUUUUACGAGAGACUUCCGCCUCUAGGCCACCUGACUUGAAUAAAUUUAUAAGAAUGCUGAAGAUGGGAUUGCCGUUUCCCGCAGUUCAACAGUCUAUGGAGGUUGCUGGUUUAGAUCCAUCGCUGCUAAAUCCGAAAGUUAUCGACGAGUUUGAAAUAUUGGAGACGCCUACAUCAAGUAUAGCUCAUAACGUUACGCUGUCCUCCCUUAUUGUAAAGCCCGAGUUUCGUGGUCAGGGCCUGGGCAAGAGUAUGUGUGCAUACGCACUACAAGUAGCUUCCAGUCUCGGAGCAAAAGAAAUUAUCGGAGGCUGCAAAAAUGAAUUGGUUGCCUUUUACGAGAAGAUUGGUGUUAAAAAAAGAGUCGGCAUAAAGAGAAGAAACAUACCAAGGGUUCGGCUUGGCAAUGAAAUGUUCCUAGUGAUAGACGAAGAAGCAAGAAAACAAGCGUCAGAGAUAAUGACCAUCACAAACGCGAAAUGCUAAACACCUGAACGAUUUUCGGAUUUUUUAUUUUUCCGCAAAUGAGAAUUGAGACA